ACAUUCACUCUGAUGACCCGGAACGGACUAGAUUGAGUAUCAGAUUGAUGGUGGCCUGAGGCAGACAACCCCAUUCCAUUUGCGGGGACAUAGGUAGCUACGUAAGGCUGAAGCUCUGUCUCGCUGGACAAAACCUCAAGUCCUCGAACAUCUACUGCUUCAAAUCACCUCCUUCAGUAACGAAGUUUCGUCCCCUCUCUACUCCUCUGUCAGAAAACUCAUAUUGAUUUCUGGCAGUUUCUUUGUUGUUCUAUACAUUUUAUGCAACACUGCAAGCAUACCACCUACAUUCUUACGUGCUACCUGUCCCUAACAUCCUGCUGCCUUGACCACUAAAACGUCUCUCCCAUACCUCUCUACUUCUCUUAUGAACUAGACUGUGGUGAACACCAAUUCAAGAUGUUCAAUCGGAACAACAUUCCCUCCAUGCCAAAUCCUUUUGGCUCACGACCCGAUGCUUCUCAGCGCCCCUCGCAGCACAACUACGACCGAGCCCCGCAGCAGCAACCCCCUCCGAACAGACAGCAAGGUGGAUAUGAUCCUCGAAUGGGUGGCGGCUAUUCAGAUCAAGCUCCGCAGUACGGUGGCCAGCCAGGGAUGCCCCCGCGACGAGCACCACCACAGCAACAAGGACGAGGCCAGAGUGAGAACGUAGUGCAGCUGAGACCCAUAAAAAGCCCUGGAGGCAAUGCUUUUGCGUUUGGCAAUCUCGCUGCUGUAUGUCCGCAAGAUUUCCCUUCAGCCCAAGGCGACAUAUAUAUCCUUAUCAACGGCACCUAUGUGCUGACUGCUCGACCUACGAGUGGGUGUCAGCCACGGGAAAUCGGGCUCACAGAUGCACAACGGACUUGGGCCGGAAUCACACUUGGUCCCAAUGAAAUCGUCAAUGUUUCGACUUACGAUGCUUUCGGGCCAAACUCGUUGUAUUUGGGAAACAUUAGUGUAGAAGUGGGAUUCGCAAGCCGAAAGAGCACAGAUACGCAGUACGACCAGGAUGAGCUCGCGGCGCAGGUCAUAAAAACAUUUUCAGAGCAAAUGCUUGCGCCAGGGCAAUCGCUACUCAUGGACUACAAGAAUAUUCCACUCCGACUCAACGUCAAGUCUGUCGAGUUGACGGAUUUGGCUUCUAUUGAGAAGCAGGGUGCGGGAGCUGGUCAAACACGAUCAGACCCUCAAGCUCGUGGGUUCUUGUUUAAUCAAACCAAGAUCGACUUCUUCAAGGACCCUCGGAGCGAAAUCAAGCUGAAGCCGUCGAACAGGAGGCCAGCUGCAAAUUCAAUCAUCACGCCUGAUUUUAAAUUUGAAGCGAUGGGCAUAGGUGGUCUAGACAACGAGUUUAGUGCUAUCUUUCGAAGGGCCUUUGCAUCUCGCAUCUUUCCCCCAGGUCUAGUAGAUCGUCUCGGAAUUCAGCAUGUUCGAGGUAUGUUGCUUUACGGACCGCCAGGUACUGGUAAGACUUUGAUUGCUCGGCAAAUUGGGAAAAUGCUCAACGCGAGGGAGCCUAAGGUCAUUAAUGGACCUGAAGUCCUCAACAAGUAUGUUGGAGCUUCGGAAGAGAAUAUCCGGAAGCUGUUUGCCGAUGCAGAGAAAGAGUACAAAGAGAAGGGCGACGAAAGUGGCCUGCAUAUCAUCAUCUUUGAUGAGUUGGACGCAGUUUGUAAGCAGAGAGGUAGUGGUGCCGGUGGUGGUACUGGUGUCGGUGACUCUGUUGUCAAUCAGUUGCUUUCCAAGCUAGAUGGAGUCGACCAACUGAAUAACAUUCUUCUGAUUGGUAUGACCAAUCGUAUGGAUAUGAUUGAUGAGGCACUGCUUCGUGCAGGUCGUCUGGAGGUCCACAUGGAAAUAUCGCUCCCAGAUGAGCACGGACGGCAUCAGAUUCUUAACAUUCACACGACAAAGAUGAGGACCAAUAAGAUAAUGGACACAGAUGUAGAUCUGGCGGAGCUCGCAAAGGUGACAAAGAACUUUUCUGGAGCUGAAAUCAGUGGUCUGGUGAAAGCCGCAUCCAGUUUCGCAUUCUCGCGACACAUUAAAGUCGGCACUAUGGCUGGCAUCAAGGACGACGUGGAGAACAUGAAGGUAAACCGAAGCGAUUUCAUCAACGCUUUAGACGAAGUGAAACCUCUCUUUGGUGUUUCAGAGGAAGAGAUCACGAAGCGUAUCAAUCGCGGCAUUAUCCACUAUUCACCCUUCAUCGACAAUAUCCUCCAGCAGGGCCGCUUGUUUGUAAAUCAAGUCCGGGCAACCGACAAUGCAACGUCUAUGCUUUCGGUUCUUGUUCAUGGACCACCUGGCUCUGGUAAAACUGCGCUGGCGGCUAAAAUUGCCAUCGAUUCUGAAGCCCCUUUUAUCAAACUGAUCAGCCCCGGCGACAUGAUCGGGUAUAGCGAAAUGCAAAAAGUUCAACAGUUCGAUAAGAUUUUCCGGGACGCAUACAAGUCCCCAAUGAGUGUUAUCGUCAUCGACAACAUCGAGCUCCUCCUUGACUGGGUAUCUGUCGGCCCGCGCUUCAGCAAUACCUGUCUCGUGGCGCUCAAGGCCCUCCUGGAGAAACAGCCGCCUAAGGAUCGCCGUCUGAUCAUUCUGGCGACAACCACAGAGCGCUCGGUCAUGCAGCAACUCAACCUCCGCUUCAAUCAGCAGAUCGCGGUGCCCAACGUCAAUAAACAAGAGGAGCUGGCGAACAUCUUGAAACAGAGCAGCAAGUUCGAGGACGAAGAUAUCCGCAGGGCGAUUGGUGAGAUACAGGAGGUGACCGGAUCGAAAUCGAUUGGUGUCGGUAUCAAAGAUGUUUUGUUGGGUAUUGAGACGGCUACCUCUAGCGGAGGCGAUGAUCUUGCAGGGACGUUUGCUAGUGUCAUGACCGGGAAGAUUGCAGAGAACUUAUAGAGUAUACGGACAUCAGAAGUGUUGAUAGAUAAGAAAUAUAAGAAACACGUGAUUGGAAUAUGACAAUCCAUCCGCAGAAGUCGACGAGCCACAAAUCGCAGAAGUCGACGAGCCACAAAUCUGGCAAGUUGCGUCGAGUAUGUAAUCCAUG